AUGGCGUCAAUUCACCUUACCGGCCGCGCUGGCGGUGCCAUGGCGCAAGCCUUGCGCAACCGUGCCGGCCUCGGAGCAGCGCGUCAAUCUGCUCGCGCAACCUCCAACUCGAGCCGACGACACCUGUCCUCCGCCCACUCCCUACCGCCGACAUACGAGAAGCUUUUCAACAAGUAUACGGAAGUCCGACGAGUCUUGGGCAAGCAGCGCUUGACGCUGGCCGAGAAGAUCCUCUACAGCCACCUGCACAAUGUAGAGGAGUCACUUCUGAACAAUACGAACAAUGGGCGCGACAUUCGUGGCAAGGCUAAUCUGCGCCUCAACCCCGACCGUGUCAACAUGCAAGACGCCUCGGCGCAGAUGGCUCUUUUACAGUUCAUGUCCUGCAACCUCGAACGACCGGCUAUCCCUGCCAGCAUCCACUGCGACCACCUGAUUGUCGGAUCCAAGGGCGCUGAGGACGAUCUCGAGGCUGGCAUCGAGACGAACAAGGAGGUCUUUGACUUCCUCGAGUCGGCAGCGCGCAAAUAUGGCAUGGAUUUCUGGCCUCCCGGCGCCGGCAUCAUUCACCAGACCGUCUUGGAGAAUUACGCCUUGCCUGGUCUGAUGAUGCUUGGUACAGAUAGUCACAGCCCGAACGCUGGAGGGUUGACAACAAUUACAAUUGGUGUUGGCGGUGCUGAUGCGGUUGAGGCCCUCGUUGGCGCCCCUUGGGAGCUGAAGGCCCCCAAGGUCCUCGGCGUUGAGCUGACUGGCAAGCUCGACCCCUGGGUCGCCCCCAAGGAUGUGAUCUUACGUCUCGCUGGCGAGCUGACCGUCCGUGGUGGCACUGGCUCCAUCAUCGAGUAUUUUGGCCCUGGUGUCGACACGCUCAGCCUCACAGGCAUGGCUACUGCGUGCAACAUGGGCGCCGAGGUCGGUGCCACAACGUCCAUCUUCCCCUACACCGAGGCGUCCGCACGCUACCUGCGCGCCACGAGCCGUGGACAGGCUGCGCAAAACGUCGAGACCCUCCAGAACUUCCCUGGCGCCGGCGCCGACAAGGACUCCCACUUCCGCUUCGAGGCCGACGAGGGUGCCGAGUACGACCGAGUCAUCAAGAUCGACCUCUCCCAGCUGGAGCCCCACAUCAACGGUCCCUUCACCCCGGAUCUGGCCACCCCUCUGUCCAAGUUCAAAGCCACCGUCAAGGAGCAGAAGUGGCCCGAAUCACUGUCUGCUGGUCUCAUUGGCAGCUGCACCAACAGCUCCUACGAAGACAUGACCCGCGUCGAGAGUCUCUUGAAGCAAGCUGCAGACGCUGGCCUCAAGCCUGCCUCUGACUUCUACGUGACCCCUGGUAGCGAACAGAUCCGCGCAACUCUCGAGCGUGACGGUACUCUGCAGACUAUUGAGGGUGCUGGUGGCAUCCUCCUAUCCAAUGCAUGCGGUCCUUGCAUUGGACAAUGGCAGCGCCAUGACGGUGUCGAGAAAGGCACAUCCAACGCCAUCCUCACUUCUUACAACCGCAACUUCCGCGGACGUAACGACGGCAACCCUGAGACCAUGAACUUUCUCGCCUCGCCCGAGAUCGUCACGGCCAUGGCCUUUGCUGGUUCGACAACCUUCAACCCGAUGACUGAUACUCUCAAGACGUCCGACGGCAAGGACUUCAAAUUCAGCGCGCCUCACGGCCUCGAGGGUCCCCAGACGCCUUUCGAGUCGGGCAACCCAUCCCUAGGUGUCUUGUCGCAGCCUGCUGAUCCCUCUGCCGAGAUUGCCAUCUCACCCACGUCCGACCGCCUCGCCUUCCUCGAACCCUUUGCUCCGUUCCCUCAGUCUGAUCUCUCCGGCCUUCGCGUACUCGUCAAGAUCACGGGCAAGUGCACCACCGACACAAUUUCGGCAGCCGGCCCGUGGCUCAAGUACAAGGGUCACCUGCCCAACAUCAGCACAAAUACCCUCAACACCGCCAUCAACGCCGAGACGGGUGAGGUCAAUGUUGCCUACGACCUCGAUGGCAGCAAGCACACCAUCCCCGAACUCGGACAGCGAUGGAAGGAUGCCGGCAGGGAGUGGCUCGUGGUCGCAGAGCACAACUACGGUGAGGGCUCUGCCCGUGAGCACGCUGCUCUGCAGCCGCGCUACCUCGGUGCCCGCAUCGUGCUCGUCAAGAGCUUCGCCCGUAUCCACGAGACGAACCUCAAGAAGCAGGGCGUUGUGCCACUGACCUUUGAGAACGAGGCCGACUACGACCUCAUCUCGGCUGGCGACGAGGUGUCCACCGUCGGCCUCUACGAAAUGCUCCAGAACGGCGGAAAAGGCAGCGUGCAGAUCAAGGUCACGAGGGGGGAUGGCGAGGAGAAGCUCAUCCCCACCAAGCAUGCCAUCACGGAGGACCAGGCUGGCUUCAUCCUCGCUGGCAGUGCGUUGAACUUGUUGUCCAAGGGUAUUUAG